AAUUUAGAUGGCAAUGCCAUGACAUUGACAGUGACAUGAUUACUGACUUUAGUGCAGCAGUGGUGCAAUUAUGAGGAUAAAAAUUGCAAUUCUGCAGAAUUAAUCACUUUUAUCCUUAGCUGACGACACGACCUUUGAAAUACACUUAGUUUAGUCACCAUAACAUCACAAAAACUCGAUACCACACAAAACGGUGGUAUUCCCAGCAAUAUUUUCCAGAUGUGUUGAUUAUAAUGUGCGCUCAGUGAGUAUGUGUAUUGUCUGACUGUUCGUGAAGGCAUCGCAAGGUAAACGGUAGCAAUGUGGCUCGGUGGUUGAACGGGAGGAAGAGGAUUGAUCCACAUGAUUGGAUACAUCGACCUACGUUUACCGUCAUGCAUGCAGCCGAGCCUCUAGCCCACGCUUUGUACACCCCCGGCCCUUGAGCCAGUGCCCUUCCAGUAGGUGGAGGCUCUUCCUCCCUCUAGCCUCUGUUUCUCCCCACUGCCCCCAUCAGCCCCAGAGUUCCCUAUGUUAACCCUCUUGAGCAUGUUUUACUAUAUCUGUCUGCGGCGACGCUCCAGGAGUGGGACUCGAGGCGAGGCCCUGACCAGUCGGCGGGCUGUGGAGUCCGGCCAGCGGGCAGUGUUGCCAGUGAGUGUGGAGGUGGAGCAGUAUGCCAAGGAGGUUCUGGACUUCAGCUCCCACUAUGGCAGCGAGAAUAGCAUGUCCUACACCAUGUGGAACCUGGCUGGGGUACCAAACGUCUACCCCAGCUCAGGGGACUUCACCCAGACGGCUGUAUUCAGAGCUUAUGGGACGUGGUGGGAACAAUGUGCCAGUGCUCCGCCACCUUUCCGCCGCACCCCUAAAGGAUUCCACAGCCAGGAUUAUAUUGAACUAGGCUUUGAGGAGCCUGUCUACCCUACAGCAGUGGAAGUGCUUGAGACUUAUUACCCUGGAGCCAUCGUCCAGAUUUUAGCAUGCUCUCACAACCCCUUCUCCCAGAACCCACCUACUGAUGUCAGGUGGGAGGUGCUGUGGUCAGGAGAGCCCACCAAGAUGCUGACCCCCCAGGCACGUCAGUUUUCCCCCACCAUCAAGCAUAUCAACUUCCCCACUAACCUGCUGCGUCUGGAGGUCAACAGCUCUCUGCUGGACUACUACACUGAGCUGGAUGCUGUCAUCCUGAGAGGGGUAAAAGAGAGGCCCAUGCUGGCCCUCUAUAAGAUGCCUGUCAUUGACAUUAAUGACCUGAGUGACAGCGAGGAGGAGCUGUCUGAUGUUGGAGGUCCAUUCAGACAAGGAGAUAACAAGCACCAGAGGACAGGCAAUGGCUACUUUGACAGACUGCCCUAUGAGCUCAUCCAGCUGAUACUGAGCCACCUGACCCUGCCAGACCUCUGCCGUCUGGCCCAGAGCUGUAAGCUGCUGCACCAGCACUGCUGCGACCCACUGCAGUACACCCAGCUGAGUCUGCAGCCCUACUGGAGCCGGCUGAAUGACGCCUCCUUAGGACACCUGCAGAGCCGCUGCACCCUCCUCCAGAGGCUCAACCUGUCCUGGACCGGCAACCGCGGUGCUCUCACCCUGACCGGCUUCAGCAGCUUCAUGAAGGCCUGUGGUCUCAGCCUGGCCUGCCUGGAGCUGUCUUGCUGCCACUUCUUGAACGAGGCCUGUCUGGAGGUCAUCUCUCAGACUUGUCCCAGGCUGCAGGAGCUCAACCUGUCCUCCUGCGACCGCCUCCACCCACAGGCCUUCACACACAUCUCCAAAUUAACAGGCCUCCGUAGGCUGGUGCUCUACCGGACCAAGAUAGAGCAAACGGCUAUUCUGAGCAUCUUGACUUUCUGCAUAGAGCUGAGACACCUCAACCUAGGAAGCUGUGUGAGGAUUGAGGACUAUGAUGUUGUGGCCAGUAUGCUAGCCGCUCGCUGUCGCUCACUCUGCUCGCUGGACCUGUGGCGCUGCAGAAACCUGACUGAUCGAGGCCUGGCUGAGCUUGUCUCUGGCUGCAGUGCUCUCCUGCCUGGUAUGUGUUUGCUCAGGAUGCUGGAGGAGUUGGACCUGGGCUGGUGUCCCACACUGCAGAGCAGCACCAGAUGUUUCCAGCACCUCGCCCGCAGCCUGCCCAGCCUACGCAAACUCUUUCUCACAGCCAACCGCACUGUCUGCGACUCAGACGUAGAGGAGCUGGCUGCCUGCUGCCCCUCGCUGCAGCACCUCGACAUACUGGGUACACGACUGGUGAGUGCUGCCUCACUGAAGAAACUCCUCCAGUCUUGUCCACGACUCCUCCUCCUGGACGUCUCCUUCUGUUCGCAGAUAGACAUGCGGGUCGUUCAAGAGCUCUCCGGCCUCUUCCCCAAUGUGGCCAUCAAGAAGAGCUUCACUCAGUGACCCCAGCGCCGUCUCAUUUCCCACAGUCCAGAGGAAGUAAGAGGAGAGAAGUGCUCGCCAGCAGAUACUGCCCCAAAGUGAAUAAGAGGCAGGUCAGAUGCUGUAGGAGAUUGCUGACCCGCCUGCAUCUGUAUCACAGACGAGAUCUUCUUUUAGCGGAUCAGUAAAUACAGCAGUUGCGCUGGGUGAGGAGGUUCUUUGGAUUAACUGUCUGAACACAAACAACCACAGACUUGCAGUCACAGGAUUAAAGAACGUGAGACUUUUUAGUAGUUAUGUUUUUUGGACACUUUAAAUCAGGGUCGUUGCAGUAAAGCUGCUACAUCUUCCCAGAAUCUGAAUCACCACUCAUGUAUUGCCAAGCAACACAAGGCUCGGAAAUAUGCCUUGGUACUGGGUGCAAAACACAAAACAAAAACAUUUGUGAGCAAUCCUCCUUUGAACAUCUUGUCAGGACAACAAAAAGGGACAAAAAAUGUGUGAAGCAUACCCUUAUUGGAAACUGUUGGAAAAGCUGCUGUAGGAUUUGUUAGUCUCAUAUUUAUUUUAGCUGGUAACAUAAUUACAGAUCAGGGCCUUGGUCAGUGCCUUGUCAGAAUGUGCAGCAAUUAUGCUGGCUGUUGGAAUGCACAGGGGUCAUUCUGAAGGCAUCUGACAACAUCAAGCCAGUUUGAUUUAAUUGUAAGAAAUCAUACUUGAUGCUUUUGUGUUUGAAGGUAUCAGGAGCUUUAAGGGUGAAAACAAAGGAGUGAACGGAGCCUUAUUUCACACUGUGUUGUGUGGAUUAUGUCAACUUAAACCUUUAAUGCAAGUAUCACAAGUUAUUUGUUGUGAAGAAUCAUACACAAGGAUCUCAAGUUGAAAAGAAACACACCACAAACUGUUGUUGCACCUGAGAUUCACUGUCAUGUUUUCAUUAGAAACAUGUAAGAACUUGUGAAAAAACAGACUAACAGAGUAACAUUUGUUUUAAUUUACACAUGAGCUAUAAAUGCAGAAGUAGAAAAAACACCCAGGGCAUCAAAUCAACAGACUGACUCAUUUAGAAUAAAGCACUGGGAAGUGACAGUCCAAAAAUAUACAGUUAACAAUGAUAUCAACUGCAGCAAAUCCUCACAUUGGAGAAGCUGAAAAGUGACUGAAAUUUAAUACAAUAAUUAGUAAAUUACCCAGUUUGCAAUUAGUUGUCUGUCAGAUAACUUAAAAGUUAAUCAGCCAAUCAUUUCAGGUCUAAUAAAAAAACUAUGUCUAACGUAGCAAAUCCAUUAAAACAUUUCUGAUAGCAUAAUACUGAGAAGUCUGCAACCACAGCAAAUGUGUUCCAGUUAAAGGUAUACUAUGCAGGAUUUUACUAAAAUGCGAUGUAUUCACUCCAAGACUGCCCCCUGAAAGUCAGAGAUUCGAAUCAUCAGUUAGAGACCCCCUGCCAGUCUGUGUUCAGUGUACUUCUGGGGAGGCUUUGGCCCCCAGAUUUGCUGAAGAGUGAGCGCUCUUCACUUUCACACUACUACAGGCAGCUGCAGACACAGAGGCAGCUGUCUUUCGCUGUUUACAGACAGUAACUUAGAAUUCCUGCAUAGUGUACCUUUAUUGUUUCACUACAUUUACCCUACAGAUGGAUAUGAUAAUGAUUUAGUAAUUAGGAAAGAGCUUUAUUUAAGAUUGUGGCGUGGUAGGUGCCUUCUUUAUCGACUAUGACACAACAAGAACUACUUAAAACUUAACCUGAGACUUUGAUUGGAUUAGAUCUGUAGAUAACGUCACCAGAUCCAAUGUGCCUGAUUCAGGUCAAUUUCUGUUUUAAGUCUGCCCUUUAAAUUAAACAGGGUGCUUCAUUGUUUCCUUUUUGGUUAUAUAAGAACAGUUUACAUUGGCCAAGUCAGGAAAAAAAUCAGGUCAGGGUUUUAAGUCAGCCAAGGGCAAAGUAAAAGGUAAUAUUGGAUUAAUAACUGUGUUUGCUUACAGAUCAUUAUUUUCAUUCGUAAUUGCUUGGCUGUGUAAUUUUGAAGGAAUAAUGAGUGAUUUUUGCCUCCAAAGAUAAAUGAUUAAGUUCGAAA